AGAGUGGGCGUGCCCGCAGAGAAGCUAUAAAGGGAGAAGAGGCUCUCAGAGGAGCAACACAAGCAGGUACCAGAAAUUGCUGCACAACGUUCAAUUUGGUUCUGAGACCACAGAGCAGAACUCUGAUACGUCUACGCUCUGAAAUUGGACCCGUGGAGCGGGAAACACCCGUAAGCCUGAGACGGAUUUGCUGAAAACGUAUUGGACCAAUAAAAACCGAGGAGUUCCGCCGACACGAUGGAUUUUACCCGCUCCAACUGAUGAAAACGCAGGAAAAUGUUGGAGAAAAGAUCCGUGAAUCUGCAUGUGGAGGAGAAAGAAGGAAAACACGUGAAGGAACCUUUCAGCAAACAGUACCGCUGCGGUCCUCUGCUCGGCAGCGGUGGCUUCGGUUCCGUGUUUUCGGGUCACAGACUCUCAGAUGGACUCCAGGUCGCCAUCAAACAGAUUUCCAGGGACAGUGUUCAACAGUGGGCCAGGCUGCCUGGUGAGCUGAGCCCGGUUCCCAUGGAGAUUGCUCUGCUGCACCGACUCUCUGAGGUCGGGGGUAACGGUGGGGUGAUCCAGAUGCUGGACUGGUUCGAGGUGGAGGGACGGGGCUUCCUGCUGGUGAUGGAGCGGCCACCACAAUGCCAGGAUCUGUUUGACUUCAUCACGGAGCGUGGAGCGCUGCCAGAACGCCUCGCUCUCAGGUUCUUCAGGCAGAUCGUUGAGACUCUGCAGUUCGUGCACUUGCAUGGUGUGGUGCACAGAGAUAUCAAAGAUGAGAACAUUGUAGUGGACACGCGGUCGCUGGAGGUGAAGAUCAUUGACUUUGGGUCUGGGGCGCUGCUGAAGGACGCAGCAUAUGACGAGUUUGAAGGUACGCGGGUCUACAGCCCUCCUGAGUGGGUCCAAGCCCGGACCUACCACGCCAUCCCGCUCACCGUCUGGUCACUUGGUGUGCUGCUCUUUGACAUGGUAUGCGGCGACAUCCCAUUUGAGCGCGACCAGGAAAUCAUCGGGGCCUCGCCCUUCUUUACUCACCGGGUCUCUAAAGAAUGCCAGGCUCUAAUUCGCUGGUGUCUGUCGUUCCGGCCUGAGGACCGCCCUUCCCUGGAGGAAAUCUUGUCUCACUCUUGGAUGGAGGGAGGAGAGGAGGAGGAAGAGGAGGAGGAGUGCAGCUCAGUGCCUAGCUCGUCACUGUGAAUCUGAGUUGGAUCAGAACCAGAUAUGAAGUCACUUUAACUUCACUGAGAUGCUCCUCGUCAAUGAUGAGCCUUUAUUUAUUGAUUAUUUAUUAGUUUCUGAUCAGUCCACGCUCUUCAUCCUCACCCUGCUGGCUGGAAUCAGCAGAUGUAAUCUGGGAACUGUGGCUAGAUGGACUGAUGAGGAGGAGGAGAUGCUGAACUUUUUGGCUGAACAGUUAUUUUUUUUGGUCUCAUUAAAGCUGAAUAAUUUUUGUUCGGCUGAAUUUUGAAAAACUGAAAAACUUUGUUGCUCUGCCUCAGAUGUUUGUCUUCACAUCUGCAGCUGGAAGAGUCUUCCAGCUGCAGGAAUGAUGUUCAGUUCAGAGGCACAGCAGUAAAUAUGCAUGUAUUCCUUCAAAGUGGCUUUGGUGCCACUUGUCUCUGUUUAUUUACAUUAAAUAACAAGAAGUUCCGGAUCAAUGUUAAAGGUUCCCAUCUUUGAAUAAAAAAACUAUUUCAGACUCUGA